UCGCUGUUCUCUUUCGUUCACAGGAGUAAUUGUGUCAACGUUCUGGUAACCACGACUCAGUUGGUACCUGCUCUGGCUAAAGUUCUUCUAUAUGGAUUAGGUGGAGUUUUUCCUAUAGAAAACAUCUAUAGUGCUACAAAAAUAGGAAAGGAAAGCUGUUUCGAGAGAAUUAACUCUAGGUAUGGAAGGAAAUGUACUUAUGUUGUUGUAGGAGAUGGUAGGGAUGAAGAAACAGCAGCCAAACAGAUGAAUUUUCCAUUUUGGAGAGUGAGUAGUCACUCAGACCUUGCAGCAUUGCACCAUGCUUUGGAUGUUGGUCAUCUCUAAAUGUGUUCACCAAGUGACAUUAGCAGACCAUACAGUAUUGAGAUAUAUUAUUGGUUCAUUGACAUUUACAUCAUUCAUUCCAUGUCUGUUUUUCUAGCAGAAGCCUUAACAGGACUUGGAUUUCUUUUUGUGCUGGAAACGAACAGACUUGAUUCAUUGAAAAAUGUGAUGUGGUACAUUUAGAAGAUGUUGUGAAAACAGAUAGACAGACAGCUGUUUAUUGUCCUGACAGUAAAUAUUUCAUGAUGUUGUGUUUGGGGGAAUAUAAGAAGGGCAAAAAACACCAACAUAUGUUAUGGAUUUUAAGAGUUUGUUAGGUUAUGAUUAUCAGGAAAGUUACUAAUACAUUCAAUUAUGAUAUAUUCUUAGAUACUCAAAUCGCUGUAGAAAGAUAAUUUUAUAUAUAUUAUGUUUCAUAGUGGAGGUCAUUUGAUCUCAGAACGAGGAGAAAUU